AUGGGUGCAGACCACAUCCCAGAGGUCAUUGUCGACAUGCGUGUCGUAUUUUGUGCGGUGAGCUUGCUCGCCUUGAACGAGGCAACGCCCAUGUACCAGCACAUGACUGAGGUUCGACUGACGGGCACGCUAGCGAGGGCCUACCGAAGCAAAACAGUGCCGCAGCUCAUGCGAGUGCAAUCGUCGGCAAGGAGACUCAUCGACAUGCUGACCAUGAAUGGCAAGACCCAGAAUGGACGUGCAUUCAGGCUCUAUAUGGAAGGACAUCACAUUGACAUCGCACAAUCGGACCUGCCUGAUGACACCAGUCUCAUGCAGAUGCACACGCAGGCCUGUCACCGGCACAAGAAAGCCUGCCAUGAAGUGAGAAAAGCCAGAAUUGAUGCCAUGCUGAUGCAAGCGCGUGAGGUCAUCACAGAUACCUGGGUGCAAGAGCAUGUCACGAUUUUCGCAGAUGACAUCCAUGCUGGUGCUUCCUUUCGAUCUCCGCAAGAACUGCAGCAAACCUUGGCUGAUGACGCUACCUUGCAAGAGAAACGUCGGGCACUUGACCGUCACACUGAUCCCUUGAACUGGGAUGCCAUUGCCGAAGACAAAGAGCUGUGUGAUCAUAUGCGCCUUCAUCUCCACCUGCUCCAAGGUGACAUCCAGACGAUCCUCUCGGCGCCGGAAGAUGCCUUUCACCUGACACAGGUCUGCCUGCUUUGUAUGCAACAGUUCAGGCAAGCGGAUCCCUUUCAUGCCCUCCUCCUUGAAGUCACCCAGACACAUCCGACCUGGUGCAACGACUUCUACGACAAGAACUCCAUGAGAUAUGGUCAAGCCCAUCCACGUGUCAGGCGCCAUGCUACGGAGCAGCAGAGAGCAGAGCAGGGAACAAAGCCAGGAGGUCUCGAUGCGGGGCCCGGCAUUGAAGACCUUGAUGGACAAACUGGCGGGGAACUCGAUUUGGCUGCUGGUGUGUGCACGCGUGCGCCAACACACCCAACAAUGCAGCCGGAUAGCACAGGAGCUUCAGGACCUUUUGAAGAACUCCAAUCGAGCAUGAUUCGUACCAUGAUGUCACAAUGGCUUCAAUCUACGGGAUUCCUCAACGAAGGGGUGAUGUGCUAUGUCAACAGUUCAGUGGCCUGCACUUUGUGGGCCAUUACACAGCAGAGCAGUUUUGUCCGUGAGCAUCUUGGCCCCAACUACACGGCCAUUUUGAAGCUCCUUCAAGGUCAGCAUCCCAUGAGCCUGACAGCUCAACCUGAGCUGCGGACCCUUUUCGAUGAGUGGGGGGACACUCACAGGCCACAAGAUGUUGCCGAAUUCACCACAGCUCUGUUGUCCUGGUUGCAAGCACCGGGGAUCAACCAUGAGUGGCAGAGAGCUUUCUCGGCCGCUGAUGGUUUUCAUGUUGAAGAUGGGGAUUGCAAUGCAUACAACUUGCUUUGUAUAGAUGUGCUCAGUGAAUUGGACGAGGAAAAACUAACGCUGGAAUCCUUGUUGCCGACAUGGCAUGAUGCAUUGCACAUGAAAGCUGCACUCUUGGAUGACAGCCGUGUUCUCAUCUUGCAUGUCAUGCGCACCUACCCGCUGAUCCGAGGUCUCAGCAUUGGCACCCAGCUCACAUGGAGCACACACAUCCAGAUCCCCGUCUCUGAAGCCGACUACACACGCAGGUGGGAGUCAUAUGAGGUGAUAGCUUUUGGAUGCUACAGUGGAAGUGGCACGAACGGACACUGGAACUGUGUCCUCCGCAAUGGCACUGACUGGAUCCUCAGAGACGACAAUCCAAUGCCCAAGCGCCUGACCUCCAUUCCCUUCCACUUGACGGAAACAGCCACGACCUUUUGGUUGACCCGCACAGAUGAAUGUCUCGCCCACCCGCCGUUGUGGACGCCUCGGUUCGAUCCCUAUGACAACCUGGCCAUCCAAGCAAUGUGCAAAGUGCUGCAGGACCGCUCGAGUCCUGGAUUGUCAGACAGGGCGGGCUGGGCGCGAGAAUACGCUUCUGCCAGACAGGAGACCCGAGGACGAGGACCAGACUUUGGUGGAGGACGAGACACGGAUCCUCCACCUGGCUAUGACGGCGAGAACCCGGAGUUGACCUUCCGCGCUUUCGAGAAGCAGGAUACGGCCGGUGACAACUAUGACCCGGAGAAUGCCCCCUACACGGGUUGGGAGGACUUGGACGAUGAGCAGUACCUCUUUUUGGCCGAGGGGGACUUGGACGAGAUCAUGGACGAGCAAGAUGUUAUGGCCGCCCUCGCGGCCUACCAGGACACCCGGCAGGCUUUGAAAGAUCAGCGCUUGAGCAGGGGAGCCACUGAAUCCGAGAAGCCAUACAUGGAGCGGGCACACGCGGCAUCGGAGGGAGAGGUUCCUUUUUGUGGCAUCACCACAUCGUUUGAGGGCAUUGUGGACACGGUCGGGCGUCGCGCGCACAACCCCAAAGCGCCGCUGAGAAAUUGGCGCGUGAUCAUGGACAAGAUCGGAAUGCUUUUGGUUUUGGCGGCUUUGCAAGACGCCACAGAGGCCUGGUGCUUGGAGCUGGUCUUGCCGCGGUCGGGUCGGAAGUCCAUGCAAACUAUCGAGGACUACUAUGCGGAGGGCCCCUCCGCUGAAGCCAUUGCAGAGCAAGACUACACCGACCGCUUCCGCAAGUGCCUGCAUUCACCCCAAGAGCAGUCUGAAGGGUGGUGGAAACGGCUCCAGCUCCUACAUCGUGCGCAAAGCGUGGGGCCCACUCAGAAAGUAAUGACCCUGACGAGAAGCGAGGGUCGCAUGGUGAUGGAGUCGCCUUUCUCCAGUCCAAGUGGGGAGACGAAGAUGGACCCAGUCAAGGAGGAGCUGCGGGCAGAGAUGGGCACCCACAUGGGCAUCCUCCUUCAACAGCUGAAGAACGAGCAGGCUGUCGAAAAGUCCAAAGAGGGAGGCCUCAGCGAUGGUUUCCGGUCAUACGCCAAUGGGGACGGCGAGCUUACCAGUGUGCCAGAGGUGGUUGAGGGUGAGUGUAACCAGUCACGACCGGAACCAGGUGAUCAAUGUGGACGACGAGGAGUUCGACGGCUGAAGGAUGGCGAGUCUUGGGUGAAGUGCGCCGACGCCAGCCACCGGACUAUGAGAUGGGUGUCGUGCACCCUCACGACCUUCUAUACCAUCGACGAGCAGUACUGGAUCCAAGAAGGAGAGCACUGGAAAGAACGCACAGGGCCAAUCCCAAAGGAGGCAUCGGAGAUCUAUGUGAUCGUCAAGCCCGAUCGAAGAGGAGAACAUGAGAUGGAUUGGGGAGACGACCGCAAUCGGCAGCUCAGCCGGAAGGAAAGACAGCUGAUAGAGAAGGCGAUGAAGAAGGCAGAAGCCAAACUCCGACCAGUGGCUGUCGGAGAACUCUACAGCCCACCUCGCAUCUCCAACCACCUGAAGAAGAAGGGCUUGGAGGUGGGCACCAGCUUUGACCUCCUCACCAGAUGGGACUUGGCUCAAGAAGAUCAGAAAAGAUGGAGCCACCUCAUGGCAUGGCAGGAGCCUCACCUUCAACAAGUGGCCAACCGCACCGACGUCAAGUCCGUGGUGUGCGAUCAGUGCACGUUUGGGCUCAACGUAGACGGCGCAGGCCUGAAUCGGAAAAGGACCAGAUGGCUCUCCAACAUUCCGGAGGUGCUGCAAGCUCUGGACAAAAGAUGCGAUCAGAGCCAUCAACGCGUCCCUCUGCAAAAUGGAAGACCCAGACUAGCGCAAGUAUACCCAGAGCUACUGUGCGAAGCAGUGGCCAAGGGCAUCAUGGCCUUCCUCAAGAAGAACCAGACCACCUAUGUCAUGGACGAGGAAGAAGAAAGCGGGGAGGGCCCAGGACUCUACGAACCAAAUAAAGCCGAGAAGCGAGCCAUCAUGAAGGUUCAUCGCUCGGUGGGGCACCCACAGAAGCAGGAAUUCAUCCGCUUUCUGAGAGUGAUCGACCCUACUUUGCUGGAAGGAGUGAUCACCGAUGACAUCGAAAAGUUGCACCAAUGCAUGCACAGGAUUGCGCGUAAAGCCUUUUGUGAGCACAACGCCAAGUCCACCUACAAGAAGGCUUUGAGGUCCAGACCAAGGGUGUGGACGGACUACAAACCGGGGGAGUACGCGUACGUGUUCCGGACGCCCAAGGUGAAGAAGAGAAAACACGGAGCCCCUCCAGAAGAAGCUGAUCUAUCCACCAAGGCUCGGUGGAUUGGUCCGGGCAUCGUGAUCACUCCGGAUGGAGCCAAUCUGUGUGUGGCCAUGUUGGGAGAGCUUUGGAAAGUGGCCCGAGAACAAUGUCGACCGGAUACUACGGAUGAACGCACUGGCAUCGAGGUGGUGCUGAACAAGUGCCGGGAGCUUGUUGAGGAAUUCCGGCACGGAUCACACCGUGCUGGCUACAAGGACAUUACCCAAGAAGAAUUCCCUCCAGAGGCUGAAGAUGAAGGAGAAGAGCGGCUUCGACCCGAAGACCAAAGGAGACGCGUCGGGUUUCAAUUGGAACCACGUGAGAUGGCCGACUAUGAGCCGGAGUACCCGGAGGGCAUGAUCGACCAGGAACCAGAAGAACCUCCAAAAAGGAGAAGGUCGAUGAUUGAGCCAGAACAAGAAGAAGUACCUUCCUCCGACCCAGAAGAGAAGGAGCAAAACGAAUUGUUCAAUCCAGCUUUCCCUGAAGGGGUGACGGAAACUCCACCUCGACCAGAAGGACCGAAUGGGCGACACGACCAUUUGGCUCCGUACAUGGCGGAUGAAGCUGAUGAAGAAGUGGACCAGAAGAGACUUCAGGCCAUUGCCAAUUUCAACCAAAAGAAGGCGGACCGGGACUACUGGGAAUGUCGACUACAAGAAGGAGAGGUCACCACUACAUCGGUUCCGUGGCAUUUGAUCGGACUCUCAAGUUCUGGUCCACCCAGGUCCAAGCGCCAAUGGCAGCGAAUCAAAAACCUAAACAAAGGGCUCCGUGAAGGUUGUGUGAAGCGGACGGCCUUGAGCUUCAAAGGCGAAGGUGGAAAGGAGAAGAAGAAGCGACGGACCAAGGUUGAAAAUGAGGAGCCAGUGGACGCAGAAGGGCAGGACGAGUCGGGCGCUGAGAGCGGAAAUCAACGGCGCGCGUGCAUGAUGAUGGCGACUGGUCAGGCGCCCAUCUCCUCCUUGCAAGACUUGGGAAAGGUCCCUCAUGGCUUGGGCGCCCCAGUUGGGCUCGAUCCGUUGCAACAUGUCAGUUUUGCUUUGCCUGCAAAGCACCGCGCUGGCUCUCUGCAAGCUUUGAAUUCUGAUUUGCAAGCUAUUAAUCCUGAGCUACAGCUUCUAACUAGCAGCAUCCAUGGUCCUUUGCGGCAGUCUUUGCUGGCGAUGGCUGGCGUGACAGCUAAGGCUAAGGGGUUCUUGCGCGACCUCCAGUUUGGCUUUCCUCUGCUGGGCGAGUUGCCUCCGCGCGAAGGCAGUAGCAAGACAGACGUAUUCAAGGCAGGAGUGACAGCGCAGGAACUGCAAGACGGCGCGCCGGUCAGAGAGUGGCGGGCUAAAGGCGUAGACUUCUCACUGCGCACGUCCAAACAUCACUUGGCCUUGGUGCAGGCGCGCUACAACAUUGGAAAUGACAAGGCGUUGAUGCGGGCUGCCGAAGCCUUGAAGCUUGACAAAGAAGAUGUCUUCACCUCUGGAGUCGCAGUUCUGCUCACCACGCGUGACAUAUGGGUAGGACUACGCGAUGCUUGGCGCCUGCGCGAGGAAAUCUUGCUGAAGAAGUGGCAGGUGACAUCAGGCGCUUGUUGCAAGCGGCCCUGCAAGCAGCGUGUCAGGAAGCUCGCGCCCAGCGAAAAGGCUUGGCUGCGCAAGAUGCUGCACCCUGCAGCACAGCGUGCGGACUGUAUAGAUCUGACGCGUCAGAGGUGUUACUUGCUUUGCAGGACAAGGCUGACGCAUUGGAUUGCGCUCAAACAAGCAAGCGGGCCGUCUGUUGCUUCUGGAUUGAAGCCUUGGCGCCAGUUUGCAGUUGUACGGUUGGGCUACAAGGUGGUAGUGGCAGAGAGAAUUUUUUGCCUUGUUCUCAGCGGCUGGCGCGGCCAAGAUAUAUCUUAUCAGCGGCUUCGAACAGCAUUGCGUACAGAUGAGGUCACCUUGGCGCUGCAGGGCCUCAAGAAGGCAGAGCAAGCAAGCGCGCAUCAAAUCCUGAAGGAGGUCAAACUAACGGCGCAAGAUGUCUUGCUUCAACUUCUUCAACCUUUGCGCCAGCGCUUUCACUUUCAAGGCGUUUCGAGCAGGCAACGCAACUGCCACGGCCAAGUCUGGGCGCCAGUGCAUUUCAUGAUGCAAAUGGGCCUAUGGAAAACGUUAAAGUACGUCAGCCCUGACGCCUUAGAUGAAGGCGUCUUUUGGCGUGAGGUCGCAAAUGAAGCUGAAGAGGAGUAG